AUGUCAUACGAACUAUCCCAUGUUCUAUCUAGUAUCGAUAGACUAUAUACAUCCAAGGACCCUCAGGAGAUACAGAGGAUUCAGAAUGAUCUUACUACGGUCCAAAAACUAGAUAAUGGACAACUUGCAAGUAGCCUUCUCAAUCAAUCAUCGAAGAAUCAUCAAUAUUUCGGUGCUUUAACAUACACUGUUAUCAUCAACCGAACGCAAAAGUUUGAUCCUGAUACUUUAGAAUCAUUGAUUAAUGAAUUACAAAGUCACAUAGUCAACUCAAAUGGCAUGGUUGUUAAAAAACUUUUGAGUAAUUUGGCAUUACUUUUCAUUUUCAACUAUGAACAAUACAAUAACCCAAUUGAAAGAUUGUUGAGCCUUUCAACCAAUAAUACAGACUUACAACAAACCAUUGGGACCAUUGGACAUUCUAUGGUGUCGGUCAUUAUCAUGUUCAGUUCUAUUGUAGUGGAAGAAUUGAUCAAGAAAGAGAAACUCAUGAAUAUACAUGAAGCAGUAUAUGAAAGUAUCUUCAAGAAUCUCAGGGUCAUUUAUGAACAUUAUGAUAAGGGUAUGCCUGAAGAUCUAGAAUUACAGAUUUUAGAUUGCUUGACUUCAUGGAUAACAUAUAUAUCGUUAGCUGAAAGUCAAUCUAAAGUGAGAUAUAAUGAUGUUGAAAGUCUUAUAGAUUAUGUGUUUCGGAAUUUCAAUGUCAAAUCCCUUGAAACUUCAAAUGAUCCCGAAUACCAUGAAGUUGAAGUUAUCAAUAAAUCCAUCACCAUACUCACAGAUAUUUUGGAAAUCAAUCCUAAUAUGAUAAAAGGUGAUAGAAAGAAUUUCUUGAGAAGUAUGUUAUUUGAAGAAGGUAAUUGGGGUCAAGUUUUCAUUUCCAAGUUCAUAUCGAAUGAAGAAUUAGAACAAGAGAUAUUAAAUGUUAUUAAUUUGAUCAUUCAAUUCGUUCAAUUGGAAUCAUUAUCUAUAACUAAGAAUUUAUCAUUACCUAUAAACAAGUACAUUUUGAAUCUUCUCAUCAAAUUAACAGAUUUUCCAGGAAUGGCUGUUGUUGAAGAGAAAGUCAGCUCCCAAUUCUUAACUUUCUGGGAUGAAUUCUUCAAUGUGUUCAUUGAUAAUGAAGAAAUCUAUGAACAUUCCCUUGAUUCCCUUCAAAAACAAGUUUUCUAUAAUGAAAGGAAUGAUUUAUGUAACACUGUGUGUAACAUAUAUUGGAAGAAAAUCCAUCUUCCUCCAUUACCAGUAUUACAAGCCAAUAAAUCAGAAUUCUUAUACUUCAAAUCCAAUGUGGGUGAUUUCUUUUCCAACGUUUACCUGUUAUUAAAAUUACCAUUCUAUGAAAGUUUAACCCAAGUGGCCAUUAGCCAAAUCACCAACAAUCAAUUAAUUGAAUUGGAAUCUACAUUAUUCAUACUUUAUAAGAUCAAUGAAGAUUGUACAUUUUAUGAAUCCCAAAGUAAUUCUUUAAUACCUUUCAUAAAUCAACUUUUCUCCAAUAAUUUGUUAACAGCAUUCAACUCGACUGUUGAGAAUCCUUAUAUUCUACUUACAUUCAUGAAUUAUAUAUCUUCGGUGCAAUUUUAUUUGAAGACUCCCAAUGGAUCGAAUUAUUUGGGGUAUAUCUUCGAUAUACUAUUCACUAUCAUAUUGAAAUCAGACUUAUCAUUAUCAUUGAAUGCCUCCAAAACUAUUGUUCAUAUUUGUCAAGAAUGUAAAAAUAGUCUCAAAUCAUUCAUACCCAAUUUGAAACCUUUAGUUAUAGAAAUGAUUGAAAAUUCAAAUUUUGAUAAUUUGAUAAGAAAACGAAUGGUGAAUUCUUUCAUUUCCAUAGCUGCUAAUGAAUUACCUUCAAGUUUCGGUAAGAAUUUGCUUGAGAUUUUAAAUAUUAUCGAGAAUAAAUCUCUUCAUAUAAUGGAAUUGAUAAAUAAUGAUAAUUUACAAGAAGAUUUGGAAACUAUCGAAGAGUAUUUAUUAUCCUUAUUGGGAUGUAUUGAAGAAUGUGGUAAAGCCAGUAUUCUUUCUGAAGAAGUAGAGGAUAUUUUCACUGAUGAAGAAAUUAAUCUCAUCAAUAAGUAUUGGCAAGAUGAUAAGUUUUCAAUCAAAUCCAAAAUUUUCACUAUCAUUAAUGAAUUUUCAUUAUUAUUCACUCCAUUUAUUAAUAAUUCAAGUAUCACCGAAACUUGUUGCCAAAUAUUGAAAAGUGGUUUAAAUGAACCCAUCAGUGGACCUUUUAAAUUUGAAAUAUCAAUCAUUUUCGAAUACAUUAUAAAGAAAUCACAAUAUUGUGAUGCCUUAUCCAUAAGUUACUUAUUCAGACUAGUUGAAACUAUCGUUAUUACAAACAGUAAUGUUUUGAAUGAAGAUACUAUCACUACCCUCAUCAAUGAGAUCUUCUUAGAUAAGUUAUCCAUGAUUAAUUCCGAUCCUGAUUUGAUAGGUACUUCCAUUGAUUUGUUCAGUUUGAUCUUAGAUAAGAAACCUGGGAUCUUAAUCAAUUUACCGGUGUUCAAAACUAUUGUUGAAUUUGGUAUCAAUGGUUUAAGUGCAAAAGAAUCGCCUAUCAUUAAAUCAGUAUCCAAAUUUUGGGUAUCGAUGUUAUUGAUGAAGAAAGGUUCAAGCACAGACCAACAAUUGAUGAAAUCCUUAUUAAUAACCGAAAAUUUGGGUUCAUUAUUAACCAAAACUUUAGUAGUAACAUUCCUAGCAUGUCCAAGAUCAUUACUCGAUUACUAUUAUCCAAUAUUCAGACAAUUGAUAGGUAAAUAUUCCUUAAACUUCAAACCAUGGCUUAUAGACAUCAUCAAAGUUGUAAAUAUCAAGAUCGAUGAUAAAGAAAAGGAAAUGUUUGUCAAUAAACUUAUGGUCACAAGAGGACAUAGAAAUGCCAAUGAUGUUUUGAAACAAUUCUGGUUAAAUGCUAAUGGGUUGAUAGAAUUUAAUACUCGAUCUUAUUAA